CAUAAAAUAAAAAUGGAUAUUUUAAAAUAAUUUUUUGGAAAAAUACCAAAUACUUAAAUAAGUCUUCCUUUUUAUAUAAAAGAUUUUGAAUUAUAAAAAGUUUCUUUAUAUAGAUAAGAAGAAAAUUAAGAAAUAUUAAUAUUUGAUGAGGCAACCUUAUAAUUUACUAGCGAUGAAAAAUAAGAGUUUUAGUUCUUUAUAAAAAUUUUUGGCAACAAAGAAGAAUUAUACUUUCCUUUAGAUUAUUAAUUAGAUUUUAGAGAAUAAGAAAACAAAAAUAAAAUAGUUUUCUUUAUAACAUUAAAAUAAAGAAUUUAAAUGAAGUUCUGUUUGGAUUAAUAAUUUUAAAAAUAAUUUAAUUAAUUUAAAGAUUGUCUUUCUAAACUUAUUUUUAUUGAGGAGCAUAAAAAAUUACCUACUUAAGAUGAUUAAGAAUAUAUAAAUUCAUUACCUAUAAUUAAAACAAUUGAAAAUCAAGUUUUUGAACCUAACAGAAUAUUAAUUCAAAAUGAAGAUAAAAAAUUCAUUCUUUUAAAUCCACUUGAGUAAUAAAAAGCUUAUUAUUUUGAUAUAGAAACUGGAAAAACUACAUAAGAAUUUACUUGUAAAGAAAAUACUUUAAAAGAUAUUUGUAAUUAUGCAAAACAUAGUGAUUUAACAAAUAAUGAGUUGUUUUAUUGUUUAAAUGAUAAAAAUCUUUUUUUAAUGGAUCCUAGGAAAUCUAAUGGAAUAGCCUUGUCUGAUAUUGUGGAAAAAGAAAAAAUUUAUAGCAAAAAUAAUAAGUUGACUUGUAUUUAAAGUAAUGUAAAUGGAAAUUUUGCUGUAGGAGGUAAUGAUGGAUGUAUUAGAUUAUAUAAAGAAGUGGGAUAAAAAGCUAAGAAUUUAUUACCUGGAUUUGGAG